AUGACCUCACCUAGACCCCGUCGACAGACUACUUCGACCUCACAUACAUCCAUCAGAGCGGUCUCGGGAGCACCUCAUACCAGGUCUUCAGCUAGACUUGCAGCAUCAACUAAAAAGAAAGCUUUCACAGUAUACGACGAGAACGCUACCAGCACCUCGGCAGCUACGAAGUCAAAGCCUGCUGUUUCAUCUAGUACGACGAAGGAUCGGGGGAGUAGAGGACCAUUAAGGGAGAGUAGGGGUGUCAACAAACCCAACAUGAAUGCAUUAGAAGGUGGGAGGGAAUCAGAGGAUGUGAAGGGGAAGAGGAAGAUGAUAGAAGAUGACGAGUCAGAGAAGGGAAAGAAGAUCUUGAAAGUUGAACAGCGAGGAAGUGGUACAAUUACAGGAUUAUCGAAGGGACAAAAAUCGAUAGGUCAUCAAUCUUCCAACGAAUCACUCAGAUCAAUACAAUCUUACAAUUCGUCCAUUACACCAUCAUCCUUCUCGUUCGUCGCUCCUACACCUGCAAGGGACCUUCUGAAAAAGGUAGAUGGCACGACUAGCUCAAGUGACUCUCCACCUGGACAUAUCGUAGCUAGACCACCCACUCCGCCAAGAAUGAAAGAACGCCCUUCCACCAACAUACCCUCAACCCCUAAAUCAAGUUCUACCUCGACUUCUCCGCAGAAGAUGGAUAGACCUCUGUCGAAGAUGCCAGCAUCACUUCGAAAGACACCUGGACCUAGUCUUUUUACUGUACCUUCAUCAUCCGACGCUCGUCUCAUUCCCUCAACUCCCUCUCACCACCCCUCAAAUUUCUCUAUGGCUAAACCGUCAAUUACUCCCAAGCUAGCUCCUUCACCUCGAAAGGUAUUCAAUACUACAACUUCCGCACUCCCUCCUUCGACGCUUUCGAGAAUGCCUAAAUCCCUUGCUACACCUAGCACUCGGGUAGUCCCACCUUCACCGUCGUCUAGUAGAUCGUCACCGAUGGUCAGUGCGAGAACGGACCAUCAGCCAACGUUGGAUGCCUUUAUGAGGAAGAAUUUCUCGACCAUGGACGAGACAGACAGGAAUUCGCCUGACCACAAACACAGUACAGCCGAACAGCCGUUGAAGAUGGAGGAAACGAUACAUAUACCAUCUGCUGCUAGGGAGAUCCAACCUUCAUUGGAUAAAUCCAAUGAUGUAGAAAUGGGGACUCGGAAACGAAUGGAACCACAAAUCACCCCCACAUCCUCCCUAUACGACAGCGCCGGUACUUCAAUCAAGGAGGACGCCCUACCGACGGAUACUGUUGUAUCGCAACCUGUCCUUUUGUCCAAUUUCUCUCAUCCACCAAGAGAAGGCCAAUCACUUGUUGGAGAUGACUCCUCAUCGCUUUCUUUACCAAAAAGCACCUCUACACGUACCCUUGGAACUAUGGGUCCUCCAAGUAGAAUUUCCAUUUCCAUACCUGCGAAACCUUCCACCGGACUGGGCGCUCUUCCUGAGCGGAGACCUUCUACUAAACCUUCCAUGAUAUCCUCCCGAGCUAGUACAACUGAGAAAGAGAACGAUCUUUCAUCAACUAAAAAACGAAAACCUUCUUAUCCCUCCUCAUUAGGUUCUGGACCUUUGUCUCGACCGACUCCACGUAUGGUAUCUAAUCCCAUCAUCAGUCCUCGAGCUUCGUCGAACCCAUCAACUACACUCGAGGACGAUAUGGAGAUCCGUACUGCCCUUGUACAACCACAUGGUCAGAGAUCGGUCUCUGCACCUAUGGAUCGUUCACACGGCAGUCUCAGUUCCAGUACGAGAGAAGGUCUGACUGGAGAAACAUCAAGGUCGUUAGCUGGACUGAACGAUGCGUUGAGUAAACUGAAAAUGAAAAGAAUGGAAAGUAACGCUCCUGGAUAUAGCAUCUCUUCUUCCACUACCACUCCAUCAAUCAGUAUUACCGAUACUUCCGUUCAAACGAUGCCAUUGAGUGACAGACCAAGUAAUCUGAGCUCGUCGACUUCAACUUCGAGGCCUCAAAGCAGGGUAUUGGGUUCUUCAGGACAUCGACCACGAUCAUCGAUUCCUCCUGGAGAUCUAUCUAUUUCGUCAGAUGAAGGUGAAGGUGUAGGAGAUCAGUCCAUAGCUGCCAUGUUAUGUUCGACGAACGGAUCGAAUUGUUUGAAUGGAGUGAGAGCGUUCGUAGAUGUUAGAACGGAUGAUGGAGAGGAUUCAAGUCGGGUUUUCGUCGAUAUCCUAAAAGGUUUAGGAGCUAGGGUAUUCGCCAGACCUUCCGAAACUUGUACUCACAUAAUAUACAAAUCCGGUAAACCGUCUACCUUAUCAUGGUAUAGAAAACAAAAGCAAGAACAGGAAGAUCGAUACCAAGACGAGGAUCGAGAUCAAGAUACCCCCAAGACGUUCAUAGUGGGUAUCAAGUGGGUGAUGAGAUGUAAGAAGUUUGGGAAGAAAUUGGACGAAAAGGAUUAUGAGGUUGAUAUCUCCGAAGAAGAUGUAUUCCAAAAGAAGAGAAAAUCGAUGGAACCUAAAUCACUUGCUGCGUCACAAGGCGCAGGUUUAGGUUUGGGUCAACCUAGUACAGUCAGAAAAGCUUUACUGGAUGUGGCCGAAGCUAGAAAACGAUCCAUGAUGUAUGCUCCUAGAAUACCUUCACCGUUGAAAAAAGGAUAUACUGGAAUAUCCCAUUCGAAUGAUAAUUCGGAUGAUUGA